AACAUGAUCUCGUGUGCUGAGCAGUGCUGCCGGCUGGGAGAGGCCGGCAGAGGCCUGGCUCCCGUGGCUCUGUAGCUCCAGCGUCCCUCUUGCUUCUCUCCUGCUCUGGCUCCCCCAGGGCUGCUCUGGAAUUCUCUCGGUGCCCACUGGUGCCAUGCACCCAGCUGGGCCUCCCAGAGCUGCGCCCCUGACCAGCAGGCCCGAGGAGAAGGAUGCUGAGCUGGACCGGAGGAUAAUCGCCCUGCGUAAGAAGAACCAGGCCCUGCUCCGCAGGUACCAGGAGAUCCAGGAAGAUCGUCGGCAGGCGGAGCAGGGGGGCAUGGCUGUGACCACACCAGGGUUGCUCUGGCCCGAUGGCCUCAGUGUAACCAUCAGCCAGGUUCCUGGUGAGAAGCGGGUGGUCAGCAGGAACUGGGCCAGGAGCCCCCUGGGACCCGAAGCAGCCAGGGAGAUGCUGGACGUUGAAGACCUGGACAGCUGCACGGGUGCCUUCUGCCUGGGGGAGCGGGUGGAUCUGGCUGUGACCAUGGAAAACAAAGCCGAGGCCAAAAGGAUCGUAAGUGAGAAGCCCAGCAGAACCCAGCCACCGCAGGGGGCGGACGGGUCACCUGGAGGCGGUGGAGGCACUGGAGGCGGUGGAGGCCGGAGCUCCCGGGUGCAAACGGCUCUGAGCUCGGAUGCUGCCCAGAAGGGUGCACGGGAAGCCCGGAGUCCAGUCCCGCCACAGCCGGUCCGGGCACCCCCGGAGGUGGGCUGGGACUAUGCUCAAUGGAAGCAGGAACGGGAGCAGACGGACCUGGCCCGUGUGGCCCGGCACAGAGACGCACAGGGUGACUGGCGCCGCCCGUGGGACAUGGACAAGGCCAAGCCCACGCUCCAGGAUGAUGGCAGUAGGUCCUGGGAAGAGGGCCCGGCCAGGGCAGGCAGCAGAAGGGGUGCUAGAAGCCAUCGGAAGCCACAGCCCCCGUCACUGUUCACUGAUGGAAAAGGUCGGGGUGGGCAGCCUGGCAGGCCUUCGGUGGCACCAGCCACAGGCAGCAAAGCCCGGGGAAAGGAGCGGCUGACCGGCAGGGCCCGAAGGUGGGAUUCAAAGGAAGACACAGAGGAGCGGGAGAACCAGGAGGAGAGCCAGAGUGCCAGGAAGGCUGUCAGUGUGGACCAACCUGCAGACAAGCAGAGCCGGGUGCAGCCAGGCAGGCUGGGGAACGCUCCAGCCAGCAGCCCAGUGCCAGUACCUCCUGAGGGGCCGGAAGAGAAGUCAGGAGCUCUGGCAACCAGUCCUGCCCCUGGCUCUCCACAUUCGGCUGACUUGGUUCCCCUAGACCUGUCUCGAGGAGCGCCUAAUAGCCCUGGGCCUGGGGAGAGCCCGUGCAUGCUCAGCCCCGGGCCUGUGAUCCAGGAGAGUUCUGCAGCCCAGCCCGAUGGUUCCCAGCAGCUCCCGGGGUGGACUGAACACUACCAGACUGAGCUGGAGGGCCACGCAUGCUCUGAGCCUCAGAAAGGAGCAGGCCCCCUGGGACCCAGAGAGGGCAGGUCUGGCAAGGCCCGGGCCCAGCAGACCCUGGUCCUAAGGAGCAGACCUCCCAGAGGGACUGGCCAGAGAGGGAGAGGUGCAGGAGACAGGGGCAGGAAAGGGGCCCCCGGCCCUGCAGGAAGAUGCUGAGCAGAGCAGCUGGGAGCUGGGGGCCGGGUCAGGGAGAGGAGUGCGCAGUGUUGCCUGUGGCCUGUGCCCCAUCUGGCUGGGAAGGGCUGGCACAGUGAUAAUGUGAGGGCAAGGGACUGCUCCCUGGUGGGCAGGUGAGCUGGAUCUUGGCAUCUGAGGCUGGUGAGCCCUGAGCUGGGGCUACCACUGCCCAGGCCAUGAGCCUUCUUCACUGUAGUGCCAGCCUGGCUGGGUAGCACCCACCACCUGGCUCUGCUUCUCAAGUUGUCCUCCAAGGCCUGGUUUCCCUCUCCAGCUCAGGCUUUGGGGCCACAGUCCCAGUUCAGCACGAGACCUCAGGUCAGCGUAGCUACCCACCCAGAGCCUUUUCCGACACUCCUGCCAUGCAGCUGGGUGACUGACAGUCCCAGGCCGACAGGAUGGCCAGGCCAGCAGAAUCAUGGCCAUCACUUGCUAGCCUCCUGCCUCUGGCUGGGGCCCAGAGAGAGGACAUAGCUGGCGGGGCCUGGGAUAGGAACAGAGGAGUUCGGGCUUUCCUGUAAAAAGGAGGGAAUCUCAGGGUAGCCUUCUGUCUGAUAUGGGGUGGUGGGGUCGGCUGGGAGGGGACAAGCUCCUGUUACCAACAGCGUGGUGUCAUCUCACGAACCCUGGAUGGAGAUGAGGGCCUGGCUCUUGCAGCGUGGGGUCAUUUCCUGCCCUCUAGACUUCCUCUUUGCCACCCCUCCCCCACAGGGGCCUUGCAAGAAGGAAAGACUCGGAGAAACAAAGCAGCUCACUAGAUAAACAGUGACUCCAACUAAGGCCCCAUCACAAGUUGCCUUUCCCACGUGGCCUCUGUUCCCGCCCCUCCCCGGAGGCCCACGUCUGAAUUACCCAGACUCUGCACAAGCUGUGGCUUCUUCUCAAUUCCACCAGCAUUUCCUGCGCACCCACUGCCAGCACUGCAGCUGGUGGGCGACGGUAGUGACUUAUAGGGGGAGGGAAGGGACCCAGUCAUCCAGCAGCUCUAGGCUGCACAGCAGACGCUGCUCUUGGCCCAUGGAGGGUCUGGACCCUCAGAGCGUGGCCUCCGUAUACAGUCCUAGUUUGGGCUGCUUCACCCUGGCUGUCAGUCUCCCCUCCCCAGUCAGCCUCAUGGAUUGUGGCCACGUGGGGAGGGCGCAUGUCUUCAGCAGCUUGCCCUGGAAUGCCGUGGGUAAUGUGGGUUCUGAUUCAGCCUAGGGAGUGCUGAGAGCCAGUGUUUCCAGUAGGCUCAGGUGAGGCCCAUGCUGCUGGGCCACACUUUUGAUUGGUAAGGGCUGAGACCAGGCCAAUGCUAGGGCAGCUUGCUGGAGUCUCAGCAGUGCUCCUUCUGUGGGGUGUGGGCUUCAAGCAGGCUGGAAAGCUGAGGCUCCCAGCAGGGAUAGGGAGUAGGGAGGUAGGGGGGGCGCCAGCCUGCCAAGGGCACUGUGUGGGCGCUGGUGGGGAAUGGAGCAUGGUGAGGAGGGUGGAAGAGGUCAGUGUGAGCUUGGUUAGAGGAAUUUUGGAAAAGCACAGAAACGCUCCCGUGCAUCUGAGACCUGCCCAGGCUGGGAUGAAAACUCAAGGCUCAAGUUUUCCUCUUGCCUUCCAGUUACAAGUGUGGGGCUUUGGAACGUAGCCGGGGCCUGAGCCCGAUGAUGAUGAUAAUGAAAGAUGGGACUGGGUUAGAGCAAAGGAUGGGGUUCAGCAGGGGCAGAGCCCUCUCAUUCGGGAGUCUCCAAAGAGGCUGAGCUGGAGAAUGGAACCCUGAG